UCGAAUUUCAUUUCUGGAUAAGCUUCCUUUCUUCCUUCUUUUGAAAUUACUCUCGAUUCCGUUUUCUUUCUUUCUUUUUGGUGAUGAUGGGGAUCUUUCCCUCUGAGAAAAGUCUGUGACUUGGAGAAAAGAAAAGAAAGAUGAGCGCAGAGGAUGACGACCCAGAAAGGAAGAGAUUGAAAUCAAGGCAAGAAAAAGCGUCGAAUUCACAUUUUAGCAACUUCCACCGCGAUCUCAUGGCUGGGGCGGUCAUGGGUGGGUUUGUUCACACCAUUGUCGCCCCGAUUGAGAGGGCCAAGCUUUUGUUACAGACCCAAGAAAGCAAUUUGGCCAUUGUUGCAAGUGGUCGUCGCAAAUUCAAAGGCAUGUUCGAUUGCAUACGCCGCACUGUCACCGAAGAAGGCAUUCUCUCUUUGUGGCGUGGCAAUGGUAGCAGUGUUAUUCGCUAUUACCCUUCUGUUGCUCUCAAUUUUUCCCUCAAGGAUCUUUACAGAAGCAUGUUAAGAGGUGGAAACUCUAGUGAUAAUAACAUUUUCUCGGGUGCAUCUGCUAAUUUCAUUGCAGGGGCUGCAGCCGGUUGUACAACGCUUGUCUUGGUAUACCCCCUUGAUAUAGCACACACCCGCCUCGCUGCGGACGUUGGAAGGACAGAAGUGCGCGAAUUUCGCGGCAUUUACCAUUUUUUGGCUACCAUAUUCCAUAAGGACGGGAUUAGGGGAAUCUACAGGGGCCUUCCUGCAUCUCUACAUGGGAUGGUGGUGCAUAGGGGCCUUUAUUUUGGAGGCUUUGACACCAUGAAAGAGAUAUUGUCUGAAGAAUCAAAACCGGAGUUGGUGUUGUGGAAGCGUUGGGUGGUAGCUCAGGCAGUGACAACCUCUGCUGGGCUGGUAUCUUAUCCAUUAGACACAGUUCGGAGGAGGAUGAUGAUGCAGUCUGGCAUGGAACAGCCAGUGUACAAUAGCACCUUGGACUGCUGGAGGAAGAUCUAUCGGAAAGAGGGGUUGGCUUCAUUUUACCGUGGUGCAGUUUCUAAUGUGUUUAGGAGCACAGGGGCUGCUGCUAUCUUAGUCUUGUAUGAUGAAGUUAAGAAAUUUAUGAACUGGGGGAGAUUGUAAGAGCACCAACUUACCCAGGUUAGUUGAUUUCAUUUUGACACCAAAGGACACAACUUUAUUUUGAUUCUGAGGCUUAGGAUAAUUU